AUGUUGACCCGUGAUCUCAGGAAGUCUAAUGACAACUUGGUGGUCAAUGGAAAGUUGAUUGUAAAUCUGACAACCAAUCUUAGCACACCAAUUGGACGAAGUGGUGCUGGAGCCGGUAGUGCUUCUGCUGGAGCAAGUUCCACUCGUGGAUCGAUUGGCAAUGGAUCUGCUGGACCAAGUGCGCUAUCGAUUAAUGGUACAGGUGGUCAUUCACGAUCGAAUUCUGAGUUUGGAUCGAAUGGUGUUGGCAGCGGUUCGACGCCUAUCGGUUCUCCAGUAGCUAGUUUAACUGGACCGGGAGCAGCUUCAGUUGGUGGAGGUACUGGGCCAUCAGCUGCAGCUCCAGCCAGCGCAGUUGGUGCUGCAAAUGGCGCAGCAUCGACUGGUGGUUCGGGAGCAGCACGAACCCAAUUGUCAUCGUUUGAAGACCAAUUUGGACGACUACCAAGCGGCUGGGAACGUAGAACUGAUAAUCUCGGACGAACAUAUUAUGUGGAUCACAACACCCGUACUACGACUUGGACUCGUCCAUCGUCCAACUUAUCAGAGACAGAGCAAGCUCAACAAAGAGUUGACCGACAAAACACAACUGAUUUGGAGCGACAGCGUCAUCAGAACAGAACAUUGCCUGAAGAUCCAAGUCGUGGUACCUCGCCGCGACCAACUGGUCCUGGUGUAGUGCCUGGCGGUGUUGCAGCAAAUGUUGCGGCAGGAGCGGGUGGUGGAGAUGGCCAAGCUUCUACGACGGGGGCUGCUUCCUCUGGUGCUAAUGCUGUGCAAAUGAUGAAUGCUGGUGCGACCACAGCCGGUCUUGGUGAACUUCCAUCUGGUUGGGAACAGAGAUUUACUCCUGAAGGACGGCCAUAUUUUGUGGACCACAACACACGUACUACGACGUGGGUGGAUCCCAGAAGACAACAGUAUAUCCGCAUGUAUGGACCAAACGCCAACAACACAACUAUUCAACAACAACCAGUAUCUCAGUUGGGUCCAUUACCGAGUGGAUGGGAAAUGAGAUUAACAAACACCGCCAGAGUAUAUUUUGUGGAUCAUAAUACGAAAACAACUACAUGGGACGACCCAAGGUUACCAUCGAGUCUGGAUCAGAACGUGCCUCAAUAUAAGCGAGACUUCCGAAGAAAGUUAAUCUAUUUCCGAUCACAACCAGGCUUGCGCAUUCUCCCCGGUCAAUGUCAUGUAAAGGUUCGCCGUGACCACAUCUUCGAAGAUUCAUACCAAGAGAUUAUGAGACAAUCGCCACAAGACCUGAAAAAGAGACUAAUGAUCAAGUUUGACGGUGAAGAGGGUCUUGACUAUGGUGGAGUUUCAAGAGAAUUCUUCUUCUUAUUAUCACACGAAAUGUUCAACCCAUUCUACUGUCUAUUCGAAUAUUCUGCCCACGAUAACUAUACAUUACAAAUCAACCCACAUUCUGGCAUCAACCCCGAGCAUCUCAACUAUUUCAAAUUUAUAGGCCGUGUGGUGGGUCUUGCUGUGUUCCAUAGACGAUUCCUUGAUGCAUUUUUUAUUGGUGCCUUUUACAAGAUGAUUCUGCGUAAGCGGGUUGUUUUAGAGGAUAUGGAGGGUGUCGAUGCUGAAUUCUACCGUAAUCUAGAGUGGAUGCUUGAUCACGACAUUACCGAUGUACUUGAUCUUACGUUUUCGAUCGAAGAUGACCAGUUUGGAGAAAUCGUCACCGUAGACUUGAAACCUAAUGGUCGUAACUUGGAGGUUACAAAUGACAACAAACUGGAAUAUGUCGAGGCUGUGACCGAAUGGAAGAUUUCCAAGAGAGUCGAGGAACAGUUCCAAGCAUUUGUAACCGGUUUCAACGAGCUUAUUCCACAGGAUCUUGUUAAUGUGUUUGAUGAACGAGAGCUUGAGCUGUUGAUCGGUGGUAUUGCUGAGAUCGAUGUUGACGACUGGAAGAAGCACACUGAUUAUAGAGGAUACAGUGAAAGCGAUGAGGUUGUGCAAUGGUUUUGGAAAUGUGUCCGUUCAUGGGAUUCGGAACAGAAAUCGAGAUUGUUGCAGUUUACCACUGGUACAUCACGUAUUCCUGUCAACGGAUUCAAGGAUCUUCAAGGUUCAGAUGGUCCUCGUAGAUUCACCAUUGAAAAAGCCGGUGAAGCAGGCCAUCUUCCUAAGUCACACACCUGUUUCAAUAGAGUCGACCUUCCUCCAUACAAAGACUACGAAUCUUUGGUUCAGAAGCUUGGUUUGGCUGUCGAGGAAACUGUAGGCUUUGGCCAGGAGUAG